UGGGUGGGCGGCGGUUAUCUGAACGGCACAGCGGAGGCUGUCUACAGGCACGGAAUCCUGCAUUGUCACGCCCCUCUGGGCUACGCAGUCAGUCUGGUUCUAGGCGGCACUUUCUUCGCGAGCAAGAUGCGCGCGACCAAGCCGAUGACGAUGCUGGACCCGUUCCAGACACGCUACGGCCGGUGGAUGGCGUUGCUGCUCUGCUUCCCAGCAGUAGUCGGCGAAGUCUUCUGGACUGCCGCCGUCUUGGCAGCGCUCGGUGACACCGCCUACGCAAUCAUGGAGGUGGACGUUCGCUUCUUCAUCAUCGCCUCAGCACUGGUUGUGUUCUUCUACACAUCACUGGGCGGUGUCUACGUGGUUACACACACAGAUGUCCUCCAGAUUACCAGUACGACCAUCUGCCUGUGGAUCUGCGUGCCGUUCUGCCUGCACCACCAAGCCGUCGGCCUGAUAGGGCCUCCGCACGACGACUGGAUCGGCACGAUCGCCCAUGGCGAAAUGAGCAAGCUUCUUGACGCCUUCCUUAUGACCGCGCUGGGUGGCAUCCCGUGGCAGGUGUACUUUCAGCGCGUGCUGAGCUGCGAGAGCGACUUCGACGCCCGGAUGCUGUCGUACCUGUCCGCAGUGGGAUGCAUCAUGCUCGCUAUCCCGCCCGCCGUCAUCGGUGCAGUGGCCAAGAGCGCGAACUUUACAGCAGCCGGCUACCCCGGGCCCUACUUUCUGCGCAAUAAGGACAGCAACCGGGUGCUGCCGAACUCGAUCCGCUACCUGACGUCCGGCUUGGUCUCCAUCAUGGGCCUGAUCGGAAUCACGGCUGCGAUCAUGUCGUCUGCAGACUCUUCCAUGCUCAGCGCUUCCUCCAUGGUCACCAAGAACGUCUAUCAGUCCUUCAUUCGGCCCACGGCUUCCGACGUCGAGGUGUCCCUGGUCUUACGAAUCAUGGUGUUCGCCAUCGGGUCUUGGGCCACCUAUUUGGCGCUGUCCGUGGAGUCCGUGUUUGACCUCUGGACUCUCUGCUCGGACUUCGUCUACGUGCUGCUCUUUCCGCAGCUGAUCUGCGUCCUCUACUUCGAAGGAAGCAACACGUACGGCUCCUUGUUGGCGUUCUUCGUCAGCCUCGUCUUCCGCUGGAUGUGCGGCGAGCCGUUGAUGAACGUGCCGGUGAUUCUCCGGCUGCCGCUGUACGACGAAGAGAGCGGUCAGCAGGUGUUUCCCUUUCGGCUCACCUGCAUGCUGAUCGGCCUCAUCACGCAGCUACUGGGCUCGUACUGCGCUUCCCUGGCUUUCCACAGCGGCUGGCUGCCUCAGCGCCUCGACGUCUUCCGCUGCUUCGCCCCGACCAAGUCCAAGCCGACAGACCCGGGCAGCGCGCUCUUGCCGCAGGGCAGCGAGUCGAGCCCGAGGAACGACGUGAGCGCGAACGACAACGCCCCCAAAGGAAGCCGGAAGACCAGCGCCGCAGACGGUUCGUCAAAGGCCAGGAAAACCAGCGCCGCCGAGGUUAAGAAGCCCCGGAAGACCACCGGCGACAGUGCUUCUUCGAAGGUCGGCAGGCAACAAAGCGUCCCGUCUCAGAAGGACGUCGAGACGGAGGCCGCGUCGCGACAAGCGCCCGAGCCGACGACCGCCAAGUCGGACCUUCCGAACGACUCCAAGAAGGCGGAGAGCAAACCGGAACCCAGACGGCCGAGCGAGCCGUCCAAGGGACCUUCAAAGAAAGAGCGCCGUUCCAGAAGCCGGGUCCAGAUUGACGUGCCGGCGAGCGUCGUCCCCAAGAGCGAUGGCGAGCAGCCCAAAGAAGAGUGAACGCCACAAAAGCUACGUUGAGGAUGCGAGUACCCAUGACGCUUGCUCCGACACGUCUCUUCUUAUAGAUAGUCGCGCAAUUUUUCAUUUUUUUAUGCUCCAGGGUGUUCUGCACCCUGCAGUUCCAUUGCACGGAUACCCUUGUUGCAGGGUGUGAAUAAAACGCCUCUUCUAGACGGCGCCCCGUCUAAACCGUUAAAGUGCUUCUCUGCCACGAGCCCAUUUACACAUUUGUUUUAUUUUCACUGAAAAGAUACACAAAAAUUUCUGAGAAAAUAUCUCGAUCAAUCUA